GAAUUUGGCGACGACAGCUGUCAAGCCGUUCUUCUCAGAACCUGAAGAAGAAUUACAAAUUGUAUUCGACUCCUCUAGCAAAAGAGUCCGCGGCAAUGCUCAAGUUUUGUGCGUUCGCUAUGCUCGGCAAUUGUUACUUAAGCGAGAUUUAGUUCAAAACUAUGUAUCCAUUUGGUUGCCUUAUAAAAAGGAUGUUUUUGUCUCUUCUUAGGGCUCAUGAAGAUUCAAAAUAUUCCUUUUGCCACGAACUCGAAACGUUUGUUUUCCAAAUCUUUUGUUCAAGCGUAUAAAUAGAAUGCGAAACCAUUUAGAAUUAGAGAGCCGUUGGACAAACAAAGACCGCAGCAUUGCUCGAUUGGAAAUCUUUUGCAACUAAAUAAUUCUAGAAUGCGAAGCAAUUUGUAAUUUUGAUUUAAAUGCUAAACACUUUGGGCGGUUUAUAAAAUGGCCGAAAGAAGAGGCAUUUGAGCAAAGGGGUAAAAAAAAAACAAAACAAUUUAAGUGUUUUCAAAAAGUCAACAAACUCAUAUAUGCAGCUAUAUAUAUAUAUAUAAAAAAUAAUAAAAAACAUUAAUUUAUUUCUUACUAUAUAAUUAUUGUUGUACUAAGUCAGUGAGAAAACCCAUGAAAGAAAGAAAUUCACACGAAAACUAAAACAAAAUGCAUAUUUAUUAAAAAUAAGCAAAGGUUGUGCAAAAAAACACAUUAAAAAGCAACAUUAUUAUUGUAAAAAUUAACUAAAUACGGCAAUUGUUAUUAAAUGUGCAAAAUUCAGCAAACACAUUGAUACAAACCUCAGAAAACACAAGCCAAGAUCUGAAAACGGACAUCAAUUGAAUGGAAUGGAAAUUUUUGAAUUGAAAAACAUGGCAAGAUGAACCGAGAACGGAUCAAACGGAAACAAAACACUCAACAACAAGAAGUACAAAAUGUUAAAUAUGUAUCUAUAAUUUACAAUUACGUUUUAUAUUACUCUCUAAUUUACACGCUUACUCAACGGAAAAUAGCUAACUAUUAUUACAAUCGUCCUCAAAACACACAAUAAAACUAGAUCAAAAGGCGAAAUUAUUACUUUAGCUACAAUAAAAGGUCACCUUUUGCAAUUAUUUUUGUUCUCUCCUUUAUUGUUUCACAUCGAAAUCAGCAAAAUGGUUAAAAUAGCCGCAUAUACUCAUAUUAAAUUGAAAAGAAAAGUGUCAUUGCAGAAAUGGAUAAAGAAAAUAGUAAUAUAAAUGAUAUAUUUAUUCAUAUAAAUGUAUUUGAAAAUGUGAACAAAAGAAUACCAACAAUAAAACACAAUUUAAUAAACAAUGUGAAAGUCAUGUGUGUGUUUCUCUUAAACAGUUGAAAAUACAGUAGCCUUGCAGUAAGAAUUACAAAACCCAGAACACACAAUUUCGAAAUGGAGGAGAUCAUGAGGCAAAAGCUGCCCAAUGGCCACAAAUGCGAAAGGCAGGAACUCACCUGCAGCGUUUUAUUUACCAAUCCCAAGUUCAAUGCCCGGAAGUCAUCCGCAAGUGAGGAAAUCAACUCGAUUGCACGGCUGGUAUCGAAGACGGAGGAUCUCGAAGUGGACAGAGUGUUCAGGAAGAUUUCUAAGAAUGGUGUCGAGGAGACCACCUCUCUGAAUCGCUCCCUCUUCGAGUUCGGCCAUAAUUUCGAGGAAGCCGACGGCUGGCUGCAAUUGGAGCAGCCUUCCAAGGAUCAGCUGGCCUCGGUGCUGCGCUACAUGUUCGAGUCGCAUCUGAAGACCACUGUGCAGAUAGAAAUUAACAAGAUGUACUUCAACUGCCACUUCAUCGUGUUGCAGGUGUACUCGCGCUUCUUCAGCGAACUGGAGAAUAUUCCGCUGCUGGUCACCCUGCCCGAGAAUAUCGUCUCCCAGAAGGCCUUCAUGCUCAUCUACAAGUGGAUGCUGAGCGAUGAUCCCGUCCUGGAGCUGCCCCAUAUCGUGGAGGUUUUUGUGGCCGCCACUUACUUGAGGAUCAAUGAGCUGCAGGUGCAUUGCUGGAAAUAUUUCGAUGAUGAGGAGUGCUUUAACGAGGAUACGGCUUGCGUUUUAUAUGUGGAGACGAAGGACAAUCCCGCCAUGGAUGUGGUCUGCAAUGUGAUGCUGACUAGGAUCCGCAAGUUUCUGCUCACCUUUGUGGCCACCAAGGAUUUCCUGGACCUGUCCUGCUCUCAUUUGAUCUUCCUGCUCGAUUCCGAUCAAAUCUGCGUGAACACCGAGAUUGAGAUUCUUUUUAUAGCUGUUCGCUGGCUGGGUCACAAUUGGAGACAAAGGAAAGGGCGUCUGCUGCGUCUAGUGUCCUGUAUUCGAUUCAACCUGAUGCCAUUGUGGUAUCUUCUGUAUGUGCGGCGGGAAGAGGAUCACCCGUUGGUGAAAGAGUUGAUUUCCCAACCGGUGGUGGAGCACCAGAUCAACGAAUCCAUUUCGAAAAUAACGUCGCGAAUGUACGAAGAGAAAAUGACUGCUUUGGAUGGCAGUGCCGCACUGAGUGAGGAGUAUGCAAAUGUUUCGAGACAGCGAAACUGGAUUUGCGAUAGCUUGUGCACCUACUAUCACGACGUGGGCUGUCCGAAUACCCGGGAAAUUCGCUUCAAACACUUCGAGGAUUAUCUUUCGCAACUACAACAGAGCUCCAAAGAUCACUGGUCCAAGGUCGAAAUGCAGGACCCGAGUAAGAAGACUGAUUGUUGCAGUUUAAAGAAGACAAAAUCAAGCGAAUUUGUUGCUGAAUAAGAAUUCCAUUUAAAAAGUAA